UCUGUAACCCCAUAUGAACUCCAAAUACUUGAAACUUCAACCGUCCGAGGGUUUACCAUCACCAUUCACCACUUCGUAAUUCACAUACUGAGGUUUAUGCUUGAACUUGAAGCACUGAAAGUUUCGAAUUCCGUCUUCGUUUUUCCAGUUGCUGCGAAACUUUGCUCAUCCCGCAAGUAAAAAGUUUACAGGGUUCUGCGGCCUAACCUAAAACAAGAUGCUCCUUCAGUUGCCUCGCUUGACGAAUUCGCUGAGAGACCACUAUGAUGUCGAUCAAGCCUACCUGCAACGCAAAACCAUUCUCCAAAAUCAUAAACCUCAGAAGUCUGGAAACUCUCUAGAUGAUUCGGAACUCGCGCGAACGAUAGUUUAUCGAUGGGGAGAAGCUUCAACCGAAGUUCGUCAAGCAUACCGACAAUAUCUUGGUGCGGUUGUGGAGUUGAUCGAUGGCGAAGUGGCACCAGAAGAAUUUCGCGAAGUGGCAAAAACCGUUUAUGAUAUUUUUUGCAAUCCAGGAGAACAAUGCGAAGACAGCAAAUGGAUUGCAGAGAAGAAGGGAGAGCUGCAAAAGCUUAUCGGAUUUUCUGUCUCAGAUGCUAAUUUGCGGAAAGCUGCUUUGCUGGCUCAAAGGCUUUACGCUAUGCAGCCUAGUGACCGUGAUGUUGCAGCCGUCCUGGAAAAGAAAACGGAAGGAAGGGGAGAUAGUUUAAUUGAAUUUGGUAAUGAUCUUCCUUUCCACGAACCGACUAGGUUUCUGGCGGAUGUAGCUUUGGAGAACGAGGAAUUACUGGAUGAUGAGAUCCCUGGGACUGCUAGUUCACUUCAGGAAGAAUGGUAUGGCUAUGCUGAUGCUACACAUCAACAUUCUGAUAUUGACAGGGGAACUGUAAAUUUGAGAUGGUUAAGGGAUGCAUGUGAUCAGAUAGUGAAAGAACGAGGUUCUAAACUUUCAGCAGAUGAAUUAGCAAUGGCCCUUUGUAGGGUGCUCGAUUCAGACAAACCUGGUGAUGAGAUAGCUGGAGAUCUGUUGGAUCUUGUUGGUGAUAGUGCAUUUGAAACUGUUCAAGAUCUUUUAUUGCACCGGAAGGAACUUGUUGAUGCCAUCCAUCAUGGAAUGCUUGUACUGAAAUCUGAGAAAAUGGCUUCAAGUGUCCAAUCACGAAUGCCCAGCUAUGGAACACAGGUUACCAUCCAAACUGAAUCUGAACGACAAAUUGAUAAACUUCGACGCAAGGAGGAAAAACGGCAUAGACGUGGGACUGAACAUGAGGCUGAGCAUGACUUGUCUGCAGGAAGUUUCUCUUCCUUAAUUCAAGCAAGUGAAUGGAAGAACCCCAUUGAUUAUCUGAUUGGAAAUGGCCAAGGGCCCCACUCGUUACCAGUAAGUGCUCUUCCUCAAGGAACUGUGAGGAAGCAUUUUAAGGGCUAUGAGGAAGUACGAAUUCCACCCACACAAACUUCACAAAUGAAACCUGGAGAGAAGCUGAUUGAGAUAAAGGAGUUAGAUGACUUUGCUCAGGCUGCUUUCCGUGGCUACAAAUCCCUCAAUCGCAUUCAGAGCCGGAUAUUUCAAACCACUUACCACACCAAUGAAAAUAUACUAGUCUGCGCUCCAACAGGUGCAGGCAAAACAAACAUAGCUAUGAUUGCUGUAUUACAUGAGAUUGCACAACACUUCAAGGAUGGUUUUUUGCACAAGGAUGAGUUUAAAAUAGUUUAUGUUGCUCCUAUGAAGGCAUUAGCUUCAGAGGUGACGUCAACAUUUAGCCAUAGAUUGUCUCCCUUGAACUUGACUGUGAAAGAACUUACUGGGGACAUGCAACUUUCUAAGAAUGAGCUUGAAGAAACUCAGAUGAUAGUGACAACACCAGAGAAAUGGGACGUCAUUACUCGCAAAAGCAGCGAUAUGUCUCUGUCAAUGCUAGUAAAACUCUUAAUCAUUGAUGAGGUACACCUGUUAAAUGAUGACAGAGGCCCUGUAAUAGAGGCAUUGGUUGCUCGGACCCUCCGUCAGGUGGAAUCAACACAAACUAUGAUACGCAUUGUGGGCCUAUCAGCUACUCUACCCAAUUAUUUGGAGGUUGCACACUUUCUGAGGGUGAAUCCUGAAACAGGACUCUUCUUUUUUGAUUCCAGCUAUCGCCCAGUACCUCUUGCACAACAAUAUAUUGGUAUCAGUGAGCAUAACUUUGCUGCUCGUAACAAUCUGUUAAAUGAGUUAUGCUAUGAUAAGGUUAUUGAAUCAUUAAAGCAAGGACAUCAAGCAAUGGUUUUUGUUCAUUCACGAAAGGACACAGGAAAAACAGCAAGGAUGCUGAUUGAAACUGCACAGAGGAAGGAGGGCUUGGAGUUAUUGAAGAAUGAUACACAUCCACAGUUUGACUUGAUAAAGAAAGAAGUACAGAAGUCAAGAAACAGAGAAGUCAUCGAAUAUUUUGAAUCUGGGAUUGGCAUCCACCAUGCUGGUAUGUUACGUGCUGAUAGAGGCCUGACUGAGCGCCUUUUUUCUGAUGGCCUCCUGAAGGUCCUUGUUUGCACUGCAACAUUGGCGUGGGGAGUAAAUCUACCUGCUCACACAGUUGUCAUCAAGGGUACCCAACUGUAUGAUCCAAAGGCUGGUGGGUGGAGAGACCUGGGCAUGCUUGAUAUUAUGCAGAUUUUUGGGCGUGCUGGAAGACCACAAUUUGAUAAGAGUGGUGAAGGGAUUAUCAUUACCUCUCAUGAUAAGCUGGCUUACUAUUUAUGUUUGUUGACAAAUCAACUCCCAAUAGAAAGUCAGUUCAUUAACUCAUUGAAAGAUAAUUUGAAUGCGGAGGUGGCUUUGGGUACUGUAACAAAUGUUAAGGAAGCUUGUGCUUGGCUUGGCUAUACUUACCUCUUUAUAAGGAUGAAGUCAAAUCCUUUGGCAUAUGGAGUAGGAUGGGAUGAGGUUAUUGGAGAUCCUUCUUUGGUUUCCAAACAGAGGUCUCUUAUAAUAGAUGCAGCACGUGCCCUUGAUAAAUCAAAAAUGAUGCGGUUUGAUGAAAAAAGUGGUAAUUUUUAUUGUACCGAACUUGGUCGCAUUGCUAGUCACUUUUAUAUUCAGUACUCCAGUGUUGAGACGUACAAUGAAAUGCUGAAGCGCCACAUGAAUGACAGUGAGCUGAUUAAUAUGGUGGCUCAUUCUUCUGAAUUUGAAAAUAUUGCUGUAAGAGAAGAGGAACAAGCUGAGCUAGAAACCUUGGUUCGCAAAUGCUGUCCUCUAGAAGUUAAGGGUGGUCCUUCUAAUAAACAUGGGAAAAUUUCAAUCCUCAUUCAGGUGUACAUAUCACGUGGAUCAAUAGAUAGCUUUUCUUUAAUUUCUGAUGCAGCAUAUAUAAGUGCAAGCUUGGCACGUAUUAUGCGGGCUUUGUUUGAAAUUUGUCUUCGCAGAGGGUGGUGUGAGAUGUCUUCUUUCUUGUUGGAAUAUUGCAAAGCUGUGGAUCGCCAAAUUUGGCCACAUCAACAUCCUCUCAGACAGUUUGACAAGGACAUUUCAGCUGAUAUACUAAGGAAGCUUGAAGAACGGGGAGCUGAUUUAGACCGGCUCCAGGAGAUGGAGGAAAAGGACAUUGGAGCACUUAUUCGGUAUGCACCUGGGGGAAAGUUGGUUAAACAAUACUUAGGGUACUUCCCGUACAUUCACUUAUCUGCGAAUGUAAGUCCAAUCACUAGAACUGUUCUAAAGGUUGAUUUGCUCAUAACACCUGACUUCAUUUGGAAGGAUCGGUUUCAUGGUGCUGCUGAGCGUUGGUUGCUUCUUGUUGAGGAUUCUGAAAAUGACCAUAUCUAUCACUCAGAGCUAUUCACACUGACAAAGCGGAUGGCAAGAGGAGAACCUCAAAAGCUUUCUUUUACUGUUCCUAUAUUUGAACCACAUCCUCCUCAAUACUACAUUCGUGCUGUUUCUGAUUCUUGGUUGCAUGCAGAAGCUUUUUACACUAUAUCUUUCAAAAAUCUUGCCUUGCCAGAGGCUUAUACAUCCCAUACUGAACUGUUGGAUUUGAAGCCUCUUCCUGUGACUUCACUUGUUAAUAAGGCUUAUGAAAAUUUGUACAAGUUUUCGCACUUCAAUCCAAUUCAGACACAGACAUUCCAUGUUGUAUAUCACACAGACAACAGUGUCCUCUUAGGAGCUCCUACGGGAAGUGGAAAAACUAUUUCAGCUGAACUUGCAAUGUUUCGUCUCUUUAAUACUCAACCUGAUUUGAAGGUUAUCUACAUUGCACCUUUGAAGGCCCUUGUUCGAGAAAGAAUGAAUGAUUGGAAGAAGCGUCUUGUUACUCAACUUGGGAAAAAGAUGGUUGAAAUGACUGGGGAUUUUACUCCUGAUUUAAUGGCACUAUUGUCAGCGGAUAUCAUAAUUUCUACUCCUGAGAAAUGGGAUGGUAUCAGUCGUAGUUGGCAGAGUCGAAGUUAUGUGACAAAGGUUGGGCUCAUUGUUUUGGAUGAAAUUCAUUUACUUGGAGCUGAUCGUGGACCUAUUCUUGAGGUUAUUGUCUCUAGGAUGAGAUACAUAUCAUCACAAACAGAGCGUCCUGUGCGGUUUGUAGGCCUCUCAACAGCACUUGCAAAUGCACGUGAUUUGGCUGAUUGGCUGGGUGUUGGGGAUAUUGGACUUUUCAAUUUUAAGCCUAGUGUGAGGCCAGUGCCUCUUGAAGUUCACAUCCAGGGUUACCCUGGGAAGUUCUACUGCCCAAGAAUGAAUAGUAUGAAUAAACCUGCAUAUGCUGCCAUAUGUACACAUUCACCUACAAAGCCAGUUCUCAUUUUCGUUUCAUCUCGUCGUCAAACAAGACUUACUGCUUUGGACCUCAUUCAGUUUGCAGCUUCAGAUGAUCAUCCACGGCAGUUUCUUGACAUGCCAGAGGAUGAGAUGCAGAUGGUUCUUUCUCAGGUCACAGAUCAGAACCUGCGGCACACUUUACAGUUUGGAAUUGGAUUGCACCAUGCAGGGCUAAAUGAUAAAGACAGAUCCCUUGUUGAGGAACUUUUUGUGAACAACAAAAUUCAGGUUUUGGUAUGUACCAGCACAUUAGCAUGGGGUGUAAAUCUUCCUGCUCAUCUAGUUAUUAUCAAGGGAACGGAAUAUUAUGAUGGGAAAGCUAAAAGAUAUGUCGAUUUUCCCAUUACAGACAUUUUGCAGAUGAUGGGCCGUGCAGGGCGACCACAAUUUGACCAACAUGGAAAAGCCGUAAUUCUUGUUCAUGAACCCAAAAAGAGCUUCUACAAGAAGUUUCUUUAUGAACCAUUCCCAGUUGAAAGUAAUCUGAGGGAGCAGUUGCAUGAUCACAUUAAUGCAGAGAUUGUUUCUGGUACAAUAUGCCAUAAAGAGGAUGCAGUGCAUUAUCUCACUUGGACUUACCUGUUCCGGCGAUUGGUUGUUAAUCCAGCAUAUUAUGGAUUAGAAGAUACCGAAACAAAAACUUUAAAUGCAUACUUGUCAAGCAGGUUAGUCCAAAAUACAUUUGAAGAUCUGGAAGACAGUGGAUGCAUCAGGAUAAAUGAAGACAGUGUGGAGCCUAUGAUGCUGGGCUCCAUAGCAUCUCAGUAUUAUCUUAGCUACAUGACUGUAUCAAUGUUUGGUUCCAACAUAGGCCCAGAUACAGCACUUGAAGUUUUCCUGCACAUACUUUCUGGUGCUUCUGAAUAUGAUGAGCUUCCCGUGCGGCAUAACGAGGAAAAUUACAAUGAAGCAUUAUCUGAAAAAGUGCCAUAUCUGGUGGAUAAGAAUCGCCUAGAUGACCCACAUGUUAAAGCAAAUCUACUUUUUCAGGCACAUUUCUCACAGUUAGAAUUGCCAAUCAGUGAUUAUGUCACAGACCUUAAAUCUGUAUUGGAUCAAAGUAUCCGCAUUAUUCAGGCUAUGAUAGAUAUCUGUGCUAACAGUGGAUGGCUUUCAAGCACCUUAACAUGUAUGCAUCUUCUGCAAAUGGUCAUGCAGGGUUUAUGGCGCAAUAGGGAUUCUUCUUUAUGGAUGUUGCCAUGCAUGAAUUCUGAUCUUGUAAGUUCCCUUGGCAAAAGAGGUAUCUCAAGUGUGCUGCAACUAUUAAGUCUCCCCAGGGCAACUUUGCAAGCCUUAGUUAAAGAUCUCCCUGCUCCACAGUUAUAUCAGGAUCUGCAGCAUUUUCCACAUGUUAUAGUUAAAUUGAAGCUGCAGAGAAGGGAUCCAGAGGGCAUGAAAGCCAGUAUUCUGAACAUUAAGUUGGAAAAAAUAAACUCCCAACGUAAAACAUCCAGAGCUUUUACCCCUCGAUUUCCAAAGGUAAAAGAGGAAGCAUGGUGGUUGGUUCUUGGGAACAUCUCCACAUCAGAGUUGUAUGCUCUCAAGAGAAUUUCUUUCUCUGGUCGCUUGGUUACUCACAUGGAAAUACCAUCCCAGACCAGCCUCCAGGGGAUGAAGCUCAUUCUGGUUUCAGACUGCUAUCUUGGAUUUGAGCAAGAACACUCAAUUGGAGAAUAUAGUUGAACGGUUUAAAAAUAAGAUGUCCAUGGGAGAAAACCUUCAGCAAGUCUGCAGGAAUCAUGUGGUUCAGAAGCCAAAGUAGCAGAGUAAAUGGAUGGUCUUUGCAAAAUAUAAUCCAAAACCACAGUCAUACUGAGAUUGCUAAAGCAACAACGGGAUGCUGUCAUGGAUUUCUAAUCAAAACAUUAUCUUGGGAGAUUUUGGCACAGUUUGAACUUUGAAGAUUGAAAUUACACAUUUAACCUUGAGAUGAUCCUCACUUUUACUUUGGCCGGAGAAAUCCAUUUGUAUGAUUAUCAUACAGAGUUGAGAUUGACUUCUUUUUUAGUGGCAUGACUCAUCAAGUACAGCUUCCUGAUCAAGAAAAUAUAUUUUCUGGGCCUCCAAGAGAGUUAGUAAUGCAGUAUACAUCUUCCUUUAAUUUUAUCUGGCUACUUGUGUAUAAAACCAUACAUAUUGGCAAACACCAUCUAAAAAUACCAUCUUUAUCGUCUUCAUGUUCUAAGCUUUGUAACUAUGAGGGUUUGGUUGUUAAAUUAUGAAUGCUUAAAUAAUUUCUUACUACUUGGAUCCA